UUCAUCCCGGUUUUUACACGACGGAUAUUUACAACGGACUUAGUUUCCUGGCAACCUUCAUCCUCGGGAAAGAAGUGAAGAGCAGGUUGAGGGAUGAGCCACUCCUCUGGGACUGGCCCCAAUGUGCUGGAGGAGACAGAUGGGACAGACAGCCCUGACUCUCCAGAGGCUUGCAAUUGGGCAGCCACUAAUGGCUCCUCGACCUCUCGGGUGCAGAAGUGUCGUGAUGGAGUAGCUCGUCUGGAGCCAGACAACCAGGAAGGAACUCCUGAGACUCGCACACACCCGCCUCACAAAAGUAAUCCUGCGUGCAGACAAACACACACAAACUCAGCGUCUCACACCAACACGGAUGGCCUCACACAUACAGACACACACACGUCUCACUCCCAACCAGUAACCAAAGACAGUCUUUACAUGGAAACCUCCAUUUUGCCACACACACAAGCCAGUGAUGGGUGGGAAGGAGUAGAGGAGAAGGAGUUCAGAAAUGGGAAAGAUGGAAGAGAUGGAGAGGAAGUGGAAAACAAUACAGAGAGUUUGCAGACCGCAGACGUAACUGUGCAGCCAGUAAAAGAGGCCACCACUGAAGACUUCACCACAUCACAAACGCCACCUACAGAACCAGUCGACUGUAACUCUCAUGAUGAUUGCCAUUUGUCGGCUUCCACGCCCCCCGACCAGGCCCCGCCUCUGGUCCCGGUUCCUGCACCCAGUUCAGCACGUCCUGCGGUGCUUCCAGCACCUGAUGAUUGGCCACGGCCGGCUCACGUGAUGGCAGAGGUGCGGGUGCGUUCUGCCCCUGGACGGGAGCGGGUGGUGCGGGGAAUGCAGGACAGUAAGAGUCUGGACGGCAUCAGUGAGGCGUGCGGAGGCGGCACACGGGCUGCAGCAGGUGAGGGCCGUAGGGCCACUAUUUCCAGCGCUUUAGAACUGGAGGGCACAGUGAGCCAUGACGGAGAUCUCACUCACUUCAUCACCAAGAACUUGGAGCAGAAAAUCAAAAUGAGUUCCCGCCCUAGCCUUGACACCGACUCAGACUGCUCAGGCCCAGUGGUGCAAGGUCGUGGUUCAUUUCGUCGGCCAGCUGACAUCCCACCCAUAGACCCCAGUGUGCUCCUGGACCUUCAAAAACACACACAGGAGGUUGCACAAAGUGUGGAGAUAAUGCUCCGCAGCCUCAAUGGAACCAUCCAGAAUAUGACAGCAUUGAGUGUUGGUUAUAUCCAGACAUACCGAGACUCUGUGGACAGUUUGGGAGAGUCUGUAGAUAUGAGCAUAAAGGGAAUGUACACACUGAUGGCACGUUGUGAGGAACUGGAUCGCUCCAUGCAGCCCAUUCAGACGCUCGCGGCCCAGAUCAGAGACAUCAAACGCACGCUGGACGCUCUGGAAGCCAUCUGCAAAUAAUAAUGAGCACGACUACGCUCUGUAGCUCCAGGAGAUGCUCUGCGACAGCUCCGCCCUCUGCUAAUUAUCACGCGACCGAAUCACUUUGCUAACUAUCUCGUCUCCUAGAAACGCUCCGUGAGCGCUGCGCUCCGACUCUGCAACACCUCUUAAUGGCAGCGAUCCUCUUGUUGUGGCUCCACCCCUUAGAAUGAUUGGAAAGUGAAAUAGACUCUAGUGUUUAAACUCCGUCCAAUGGAUUGACGUCGCAAUCACGAGAAAGCGCUCUCUCUUUUUCUCUCUAUCUUUUUUCAUCUCUUUGAAUGCACGAUACUGGGAUUAUUUAUAGUGCGUGCGUGCGUGUGUGUGUGUGUUUUAAAAGGCGAGUUGUUGAUGGCAUUAAAGUUCUUUAAUUAGGUCAGAUGUGCCACAUCUGUAUUUGUUGCUAUGGAAACGUUCUCAAAGCCAUUCUCUGUUAGUGUGCUUCUCCCUCUGGGUGUUGGUUAGUCUACAGACUGGAUGCUUUGUGUUCCUCAUUUUCAUUGUGACUACUGAUAAGUUCUAAUUUAGUAAGUUCUACUAACGACCUAGUAAUCAUCCUGAGAGUUUUGGACCUUUUGUUGCCACGGUGACAGUCAUGAGGGACAUUAGCACCGAGGCUAAACUUGCUGCCUUUUUUAAAUGAACCCUCAGACUAAAGGAGGACGUGUGAGUAAAGCAAGAUUUUAAAAAACAGGCCGAGGGAAUGAAAUGGAGUGCUGGAGAGUCCCCAAAUGCCAGCCUUUGUCCGUUUCUUUCCGUGUCUGCUUCCAAUACGGCAAUUUAGUGAACUGUCUGGCAUAUGUGUGUUUCAAAGAAUGCAAUAUAACAAUAAAUUUACUAGAAUUAUCCAGAAUCAUACUUAACUCGAAAUCUUUGGCUUUGUCAAGCAAAUGCUGCAAGUGUUUUGUGAAGCUAAAUAAGUAAAUAAUUCUGAAAAUUAAAUGGGUUUACAGGA